AUGGCGAUCCUCGUGUGUGGCUGCCUUUCCCCGCCACCCCUCUGUGGCCCUGGGAGAUACGUGCGGUCGCUCUGCGACUAUCCGGGUCACUGUCGGUUACCAUAUCGCUCCUCCUACUUGGCGAAUCAUGGUGCUCCUGAUUUCAGUCGAGCGAACCCACCGUCGGGUGAAUGGAGCGACUUGGUGACCAAGCGAUGGGUAACGAUACCCAUCCAUCUUCCCAAUGAGGUCGUUGACCGACUCGAACGAAUUGCGCGAGGUCCUAAGACUCGCUUGCAUCCUUCAAGACGGGGUGGGGUAUUGAACGUUGACCACGGGAUGGCAGGUGGUCUCCAAUACACCCACCCUAGAAAAAUAAUGAAAUACCUGCGGACGAAGCAGCAUGCCAUUCAUAUAUUCCGACUUGCCAUCCAUUUAAAUAUCAGGGUCAAUAGCGAGGCAAGACCUCGGUUUGAAAGAUGCGCGCUGCCUCCGUCUGGGUGCUCCCUUGCCGUGGGCCCCGGGCUUUCCACCAAACGCACCUAUACCAUCGCGUCCGGUUUGUCACCUCAUUCCGGUUGGAAGUUGUCCGUACACAGAGAAGCCUUUGAAGGCUUACUCGCCGUACCGACCUUGCUUCUUUCCCUCCUUUCGAUCUGGAUAAUCAGUUCUGCCUUUGCUUUAUUGGUGGUAUCUUCCACGCAUCCUCAAACUGCGACAUCACGAUUUCACGACAUUAAGAAUCAAACACCUCAAUCGAAGGUCGAUCACAUCUUUCGUCCAGCCGCUUACAAGCUAAACUCUGGCAACACAAUAUCGCUCACGUCGGCCGCCAAAAGUAUUGCUAUGUCAACCACCUUGUAGGCGAGUGAGUGCUUUCAAUGAAACGCCAACAUCAUCACAUCGAGUGAGCUCGCAUCCCAAGAACAAUAAAAGGACAGACAAACUAUCAACUCUUGUGUGAAGUGCUCUAUAAGCGAGUGAUAGCCUCUGCGUGAGGCGCCAACACAACGACAAUACGCAGUAUUGUCCCCUGGGGGAUAGAACGGAAGUGGGUGCGCUCCCCUCCGUUCGGGUGCUCCCUUGACGUGGGCCCCGGGCUUGCAGGCGUUGUACGGCUGCCUUCGGCGCUGUCUCGCCGUACCAAACGCACUUCGCACUUCAGCGCAUCCUAGAUAUUAACUCAAUGUAGUAUUCAAUUUGCAUAAAUUCUAUCCAUAAUAUAUCAAAAUCAUGAAAGUCUUUAGUCCAAAUCCAG